AUGGAAGAUUCGACACAGAUCAAUCCACAACAAGCACCACACGGACGACAAGCUGCAUGCCUCAACUGUAGAAAGAGCAAAAUCAGAUGCAAUCGCAGCGAAGGAGGACUGCAAUGUGACAAAUGCAGACAUGCUAACCUCGAAUGUGUCGUACCGAACCACCAUGUUGGAAGACAAAAGGGAGUAAAGAACAAACGCAAAGGCCUUGAAAAAGCACUGCACCAGAUAGAGCAGGCUAUCAAAAGACCCAAAACCGAGACUUCCGGGCCUGAAGCCGCGCAGAAACUGAUCUCGAGUUUGCAAGAGCUGCUUAACAAGACCCAGAAGCGUCAUCAUCCUCAGAGCGAGACUGAAGAUUUCUCCGAAGAUCCUGACCACGCGGAUCCCUUACAGUUUCCCCGUGAUAUCAACCCAGGAGAGAAUCUAGCCCUGGAUGACGCGGAGAAUCCGCUGCAAUUGCUUGCGCGCGCCUCGGAUCUCCAGCUAUCUCCUAAUGAUGCCCACGAUACACAGACGUGGCCGUCCCUGACCGUGUCGCAGCCGUCAGCGGGGCCGUCAGUGAGUGUGAAGGGUACCCCGGCUGCGGCCAAAUCUUUCUUUGUGCCUGUUAGAGCAAGUCUGGAUAUUGGUCCGGAGAUGGACCCCAUUGAGAUUGGGUUUGUUACUUUGAAUGAGGCCGAGUCGCUGUUCUCUUUUUUUCAUCAGAACCUCGCACAUACGAGAUGGGGCCUUGAUCCUCUCAUCCACACCGUGGAGUUUGUCCGCUCCCAGUCGGCUUUUCUUUUCACCUCUAUCAUGGCUGCAGCUACGCUCUUCUUACCCUCUGCGACUGCGUUGUCUAAGAGGCUGUCAAGGCACAGCAAAUACUUAGCAAACAUGAUUAUUAAACAGCGUCUGAGAUCGGUUGAGAUUGUCUUAGGCUUCAUGGUCAAUGUUCCCUGGAUGGCCCCGGGCGACUGUUUAGGCGAUGACGAUACGUGUUCCUACAUUGCUAUGGCUUUGACCGUUGCCCUGGACUUGUCUCUGAACAAAAUAUUGUUGCCGUCAACGAGCUUCGACAGCAGCCUUCCACGAAGGCUUGCGAAAGCCGACUGCAUCGAUGCAAGAAGGGCUCUUCACAUUGAUGGAUUUGAUGAUGUGGACCCUGCUUCGGAAUGGGGUCGAAGGCUUUUACGAAGAAGAGAGAGAGCCUGGAUAGCACUUUUUGUUCUCGAGAGGGGAGUAUGUUUAGCUCGGGGGAGAAGCUAUACGGUGCCUCCAACUGCUCUGAUUGAGAACUGCGAUCGGUGGCAUAUUUCCGAAUUUGCUGAUUCUCGUGACGGUGCUAUGAAUUCCAUGGCCGUCCUCCGAAGAAACCUGGUACGUUUUCCUCACUUCAGCAAAAGUCUCAAAUCGAAUUGCGAUAGCUAUCAGACAAACAACACCGGAUCUGGAGCUGCCCAAUCAAUCAAAAUCACUAUAGAAAGCUUCUACGAUCAAUGGUACCAGACCUGGGCGCCUGAAAUUGGGGAAGGCCAGUCAUAUGCUCUUCCUCCAUACGUGGAGAUUUUGGUCACACAUACUAGGCUUUCUACAUAUGGCGGUGUAAUCAAUCAUCCGACUGCACCUCUUGAGGUCAAGAGAUUCUUUCGCGCUGCUGGUCUUUCCUCCGCGUUGAAUGUCAUGAGAGCUGCCAUCCAAGGCGAGGCACGAUUGAAGUCGAUGCCGAACAACACUGUCAUUAUGAUCUCUUUUGCUGCAUGUUCUGCGCUCAGCCUCAGCGUGAUGCCAACAGAUAGCAGAUCGAGCUUAGCACCGAGUGUCCGAAACCUGAUCGAGGAAACGGCAGGUGUUCUGGAGCGCGUUGGAGCCACACCCAGCCAUAGAAACGGAGCUUCGGUAUUGUAUGGGAGAUUCCUGCGUGAACUCGUUCGACGCCCUCCUGUCGGCUCAACUUCCCAGCCUCCAAACGAACCGUGCGUUGCCGCGCAUACAGAAACCCUUCGGCCUCCCUCGACAUUAGAUGACUAUGGAUCGAUUCCAACAACAACUCAGUCUUUUACACCGUCAUUAUUCUGGUCGGAACCGCUGCAGUUCUCUGCCAUGUCUGAUGACCAGAUUAUUGACGCUGUAAACCGGGCUGGCACAGCGUUUGGCACCAGUGUCCCUGACGUUCCGCUUGAUGAUAUGAUGAGUUGGGACUGGCUGGAUGCCGGCAAUCUAGAAUUUAGCCUCCCUCUCCCCUAA